AUGGGCAACACCGAGAGCAAUGUCGCGAGCGGCGUCAAGAAACAGGUGGACACCUCGUCGUUGCAGAUCUACAAUCUGGUGGACCUGAAAGGUACGUAACGGCGCGGCUGCGCGAUAUUUCCGGCGCGUUUGAACGCCGUCGGGCCCGGGCCCCGGGCCGAUUAUUAGACGACACGGGAGAAAAACAAAAAUAAUAAACAAUAAACGAUAAAAAAAAAAACAUCUACGGACACACUUCGCACGACGGGCGAGCCGCUGUUGUACAGCCGGAAACGUCGGAAAGGCGGGUAAUUUAACGCGUGUACAUAUCCGUACGCGACGAUCGGUCUUUGGUAACGAAAAAGACGAUUUGAACGCGGAGUACGUUGAAAGGCCGUGUAAUAUUUACGAUUUGAAUACGAAUACGUUGCCAGUACGUUAUCCCGUGUGUUAUUGAAACCGCUUGGAAAAUCAAAAAACGAACCGCCCCGGUCGGAUUUCAUUUCGGAAAAGGCGCUACACUCGAAAGUCGGAGCGAAAUUGCCGGUAAAAAUGUUGUCCGUAAAAAAAAAAAAAAUAUAAAGAAUAAAAAAACGUCGUUGUAAAACCAAUGCGUUCCUCGCUCUUAGAAUCUAAAAUUUGCAUUACGGUGGUAAGUGUGAAUUGCGCAUAAUAUAACCGGACAUUUCAUUCGGUACACCGAAUAACAACGUCUUCGCAAUAAAACGUUUGAAUAAUUGUCGCAAAAAAAUAAAACGAAAGCGUUUAACAGUAUAUUAUUAAAGGCAUGGUAUACGUUGAGUAACAGUUUUUCGUCAUGUUAUUGUCCGAUGUCGCGUCCGAGUUCCGUCCAGAGUCUAAAAUUUGAGUUUAAGGAUGUACUAGUUCCGUCCCGGGUUUUUUAAAUGGAUAUACUAAUUCCGUCCCGUGCAAUUUAUUUAGUUAUACGAAUUCCGUCCCUUUUUGCAUUUUCAACGCUAAAUUAGUGUAGUAUAAAAUUUACGACUGCGAUAACAAUUUUAUUUUAUUUAUAAAAAUAAAGAUCAUAUUGCUUUCAUUUAUCGCGCUAUAAAUAAUCGAAUUUAAUAAUACUACCAUAUUUAACUUUUAAACUUUCCCGUAAUUAUCUGUCUCCGUGUCUGGAUUUAUUAAUUUUUUUUUUUUUUUAUUGUAUGCAUAUAGAAACCUUCUUUUUAUUAGGGACGGAAUCGGUACUUGUUUUUAAUCGGUACGGAAUUAGUAUAUAUAUACUUUUUUUUUACCCGGGACGGAAGUCAAAUGCAGCCGUCUAAUAAUUUAACGCGGCAGUAGUCUAUAUUGUACACCGAGUGAUAAUAUUCCUUUAUCUCGAUGAAAGCAUACACAAAGCGCGAAUAUAAUAUUCUUGUGUGUGUGUGUGUGUGUGUGUAUGUGUGUGUGUGUGUGUGUAUGUGCCGUUUAAUAAUUCUCCCUGUCAAGAAUAAUAUCGCACACUAGUACACUAGCUAUUUAUCGUAAUAAUAAUGUUUAUUUGGUUUUUUUUUAUUUUAUUACAAUUUUUUUAUCGACGGAACCUUAACGUAUUAUUUUUUUUUUAUUUUGACGAUUAUUUUACACUAGGUAUAAUUAUGAUAAUUUUUUUUUUUUUCGUAAUAUUUAUAAUUGGAUCGGUAUUUUGGUUUGUCAGUCGAUAAUAAUACUGAUAAUAAUUGAUAAUUAUUGUCCUAUCGGUCAGUUUUCUGCAUCGAUGAAUAUUGUAAAUGUCGGUAUUUCGGUUGUCAGUAAGCUGACCUGGCGGUCGGUCCUUUUGGUGUCGGAUAAUAUUAUCCAUCUCAUCAAAUUCUAUGUGUAUAUCGUAAUUCGACUGUAAAAACAAUGGGAAAAAACUACCAUAAGGCUAUAUGAACUUCAUAAAGAACUCAAAAAUACAGACGCGCGUGCAAGAAGGGGUUUUAAGAGUACAACCCCCCCCCCCCCCCGAAUUUUAUUUUUUUUUAUUAGAAUAACUAUAGCGGGUAUAUAUAUAUAUAUUUAACAGUGUCAAUCGUAUUUUGUUUUUAUUAUGAUUAUUAUUACUGUUUUAACAAUUUAUAACAUUAUAGAUUGUUCGAAAUUAUAUAAGAAAUGCAGUAUCCAAAUUUAGCAGGGAAGUUUUGAGACAAGAUUAUAAAAAUAAUUAAACUCGUUCAAAUUUAAAUGUACAAAAGAAAUAAUACGUUUUUAUAAAUUAAUAUAUUAAGACCAUAAGAUCGAUUUAAACCCAACAAAAUGUUCACAAAUUCACUUUUUUGGAGGAAAUUGAAUUUUAAAGAAUAUUCAUACAAAACAUUUUACUGCAUUUUCAACAGUUUAUUCUCAAGAAAAUUUAAAUAAAAAUAGAAUGUUGUAUUUUCGAACAUUUUGAAUUUUUAUUUUUUUAUUUCUUCCUAGAAAAUGUUCGUUUACGCAGAUAUUUUUUUCAUUGGAAAUGCUAAUUUCCAUAAUAAAGGCUGUUUAAGGUUGCAUGUUAAAUGCAUUAUUUUUCAACUUAAAUCCCAAUAAUCAUAAAAAUGCAUUCUUUGGUCAUUUUUCAAACUUCUUCAGGCUAAUUUUGGCUAAUUUUUUUCUUGUGGUACUUACGAAAUUCUCGGGCACCUGGAUAAAAGUUAAUUCAAAUUAAAGACCUCAUUUGAGCAUAAAUUUUAAGCUUACAUAAUAAGUUGUAAACGCACAAUAGUUUUUGCGGAAUCGAUAAAAAAAUCAAUCGAAAUUCGAAUACGUUGAAAUUAAAAUUUAAAAAUCGGUUUUUACGAGGGUUUUAUGGCAAUUUAAUAUACUAAAUAUAGAAAAAUCCGUGUUUUCUGCAUGCAUCGGAUUCGAGCCUGGAAACGGUCAUUAUACGUAUCGAUGGACUCGCAGGAAUAAUCGUGAACCACCGGCUAUGUUAUAAGCUAAUUUUUUUUGUUUUGUUUCACAAAAGUUCACUAGAAACCUAACCGUAAAUGUAUACCUGCUAGUAAAUAAAAUCACAACAAACAUUCGGUCCGGACUCUCUCGUCACGAGCGGCUAAAAGUCCGACAAAAUGAAAUUAUACGGUAUUAUUGAAUUGGCGUAGUGUUUUUCAAAUAAUUUCGAGUUGCGUUAGUAAAAAAAAAAAAAAAAAAAACAAAUAAAUAAAUCAGCGGUAGCGGACCGCACGUAAUAUUAUAAAGGGUCUGACAAAUCUGAUGUGACAAAGCAGAUUUUCGGAACUAUCUUUUUCGGAAUCAUAUAUUAUUCUAAAUUAAUUUCAUAUUUUAUUAAUUUAAACGGGAACCUAUGUUUGUGCGCACAUUACGGCUUAAAUAUUAUAUAAAGGUUUAAUAAAUAAUGAGUCGAUAUGAUAAUCGGAGGGUCUAGAAAGAAAUGUGAAACUAUGUUUUUUUUAAUAAUUUGUACAAUUUCGACAGUGAAUAAAUGCGUUUUAUUCCACUCGCCGUAGACAUUAUAAAAAAAUAUGGCAGAACACGAGCGGUCUUCGUUUGCGCAUCACUACUAUCAAUUUUGACCUUUUUCGGAAGACGGUUGCGCAUCGUUCGACUUUUGUGCUAUACAUCGUUUGCGCAUCGACAGGUUAAAUAUUUACGCAUCGACAUUAUUUAACAAUAGAUCUGAAAAAAGUUGUAUUUACCCAAAAAACUUAAGUUGUUUUCUAGGCUUAAAAUAUGAAAAAGAUAUUUCCGAAAAUCUGUUCUGUCACAUCAGAUUUGUUAGACCCUUUAAAAUAUUAUAGACGGUCCACUACUGUGGAUUUAUUUAUUUAUAUUUUUUUUUUUACAAACGCAACUCGAAAUUACCUGAAAAAUCCCACGCUAAUUCAAUUAUAUCGCAUAAUUUCAUUUUGUCGGACUUUUAGCCGCUCGUGAUGAGGGUUCGGACUGAAUGUUUGUUGUGUUUUUUUUUUUUUUACCAGCAGGUAUACGUUUACGGUUAGGGUUUACAUUGGUUCUCGAUUAUUCCUGCGAGUCCAUCGAUACGUAUAAUGACCGUAUCCAGGCUCGAAUCCGACGCAUGCAGAAAACACGGAUUUCUCUAUAUUCCGUAUAUUAAAAUGCCAUAAAACCCUCGUAAGAACCGAUUUUUAAAUUUUAAUUUCUACGUAUUCGAAUUUCGAUUGAUUUUUUUUAUCGAUUCCGCGAAAACUAUUGUGCGUUUUCAGCUUAUUAUGAAAGCUUAAAAUUUAAGCUCAAAGGGGUCUUUAUUUUUGAUUAACUUUGAUCCAGGUGCCCGAGAAUUUCGUAAGUAUCACAAGAAAAAAUUUAGCCAAAAUUAGACUGAAGAAGGUUGAAAAUUGACCAAAGAAUGCAUUUUUAUGAUUAUUGGGAUUUAAGUUGAAAAAUAAAGCAUUUAACAAGCAACAUUAAACAGCCUUUAUUUUAGAAAUUAGCAUUUCCAAUGAAAAAAAUGUCUGUAUAAACGAACAUUUCCUAGUAAAGAAAAGUCGUCCGAUAAUUUUGAAAAUUGUAUAACGUCCAGGUAAGUUGAAUAUAAGAAUUAUUAACGAGUUUCAAGUCUCUACGUGUAUUUAUAAUCGAACUACAGCAAAAAAAACUACCAAAAAUUAAAAUUCCUUAAAAUCCCAAAAGUGGCCCAAAAGAUUUUACGAUGAUACCGUAAGAAAUCAAAUCGAAAAACGGCCUUUUUAAAGAACCAUCUAGACAACUUGAACUUUCAGAAAAGUUGUUACGGUGGAAAAUUGGAUAAAGUUUAGAGAAAAAAAAAAAAAAAACAUAAACAUCUUGGUGAAACCCACAUAGCUCCCUCGCCACGCCCGGAAUCUAAAACGAAUUACGAUUGACACGGUGAUAACCGCACUGAGUGAUUAUUCAACGAAUGCAUAUCGAACAACUGUGAGUGUUGCGCAUCAUGCGGCCAUAUGCAGAUCCGGCAUAACGUGAUUAUCCGUAACGAAAUUUCGGCUAAAUUUUCUUCCCGGCGAUAUUAACAUGAAUCGGAUCAAACGUUCUAAUUUUUUUUUUUUUUUUUAUUCUUCUCCCGUGCCAAUACCGACCGGGUCCGCCCUAGCGUUUGCGCACAAUGCGCACGCGACGAAUAGAAAACAACGCGAUGCGCCCUUUGCGUUUUCACGGGAAAUCCGUCCGUAUCGUUCGCGGUCUGUGCGGACGGAGAUUAUGUGGCCGCGGUAACCGCUGGCACGCGCGGUGUAGGCACGUAUUCGUUACUCCGCGACGCAAUAUUCGAGAUUUUUAUGGAUCCGAGAGCACUUUGCAUUGGUAAAUAAACCGUAUAUUAUAUUUGAGGUGUUGUUGAACUCGCGCGCAUUGUACGAGGCGUACCGACAAUCUGCAUAGACUCCAAAGGGGCUAAUGCAGUUUCCGAAUACCCGGUUUGUCAGCGUACAUUUUUUUUUUUUUUCUUUUCCCUCGUUUUAUUUACAUUUCGCCGAAACGUUUCCGUGGCCAAUCGAUCGCCGAUCCUAAUUCAUAUAUAUAUAUACAUAUAUGUUAUCGCGCGCGUAUAUGCGAGUUAGGUGUGGGCGGUGUUGCGUGUAGCGUCAAGGAUUAUGCGAACAUAUAAGUAUAUUAUAUUUAUGACGUAUCGAGAAAAUCGUCAAAAACCUUUUCGGCGCGUAAUCCUAACGCGAUCUGUUGUUAUUAUUUUAUUUUUUUUUUUUUUUAGAAAAUUUUAAACAAUUAAAUCCAGAGUAUUGUCGUAUGGGUCACUACCGAAUCGCCGGAAAUCGAACGACGACACCGAGUGACGACAAGCGUAAUGCCGAUUCCGAUUUGUUUGUGUAACUGAAUUGUUACACAAACAAUACUGUUUGUGGACCUUGAGAGUUAACAUUUCGACGAUUGUACGGCACACGUUUUAUUUUCCGCGACACCGCUCGGUUAAUUUUCCACCGAAAUAAAUAAUAUACUUUCGAAAGUAACGAGCAAUACGAGGUAUUCUAUCCAAAAUUAACAUAUAAAUUGAAAUGUAAUACAAUUAUUCGGGCUUCAUUUUUUUUUUUUUUUUGUUGCUUCGAAUUUUCCCCGAAAAUAGACAUUAUCGCGCUGUGUGUGUCAUUCGUGUCUGAUAUUAUAUCUGUUUUUUUUUCCCGCCACUUUUGGAUGCUUCUAACGUCGGCUCUCGCUGGACCGAAUGAGUUCAAACUCGGGAAUUAUAGUCGUUUAGAAGGUUUUUCUGAAAUGAUAUAAAAGUUAAAUUUGAUUUCCAUAUGAACUCCAGAAUGUUGUUGGGACAAGGAAUGUUGCAUGAAACUGAGAAGAAGGUUUGAACUUUCAAUGCCCUUACUUCGCCAUAUUUAUUUUAUAGUUUCACCUUAAGUGGACGCUACACUGACAUCUACCGUCUCCGUAUUACAACGCGAGACAUAGCAAAUUUACGUUCAGUAGGACACAUUUUGCGCCACGAGUUUUAAUAUUAUAGCGAAUCGACUCAUUGCCAAAAUUAAAGGUAAGAAGAUUAUUAGGGCUUUAGCGUUGACGAUUUUUCGAUAUUUUUAUUUUUAAAUGAAACAUGAGUAUGUUAAAUAUCACAAAAUAUCUAAAAAUGAUUAUAUUUUGCUUAUAAAUUCAAACAUCGAAAAAACAUUAACGCUAGGGCGUAUUAUACAAUCUUCUUACCUUGAAGUUUGGUAAUAUUUUAAUUUGAUUCAGUGUUAAAACUAACGGCACGAAAUGUCUCCUACUGAACGCAAAUUUGCUAUGUCCCGCGUUUGUAAGACGGAGACAUUAGAUGUCGGUGUGGCGUUCUCUUAGGCUAUUAUUGUUAUAGUAGAUACAGUGUACAAGUAUAUUAUAGUGUUGCGAUAGUUAUUAUAGUAUUUGAAUUUGAUUAUUUAUUUUCAUACAAUAAAUAUUUCUGUAACACAAUAUAAAUAGGGCGGAAAUUAGACUGGAAUGAAUGGAACUCUGCUGCUCACGGGUGGUUUUAAAUUCAGAGCGUAACAAAGAACAUAUUGGUUUUACAACGGUGUUUUUUUUUUUUUUUUAUCUAUGAACAACUUUUCUACCUAAUAUCAUGCUCCGUUUUUUACAAACUUAAUACCUUUUCGAAAAAUACAUUUUUUUCUGAAUGGUACUUUUAGGAGGUCAUUAUUUGAUUUUCCAAGCAUUUUUCAUAAUAGUUGAGAAAAAUCGCGGGAAAAACGUAGGAAAAACGGCGAAAUUCGUUAGAAAUGGCUCAUCGUCGCGUACAGAUAUAAUUAAUGAAAUUUCCUUCUAUAUCCUAUAUUCCCAAUUUCUCACCUACAAUAGCGCUCCCCCCCCUCUCCCCCAUCGCCCGGAGUAUGUCCGUCUUUUUUAAUUCGUUUUUAUCAUUUAGCAAUAAAUAUUAUAAUAGUAGCAUGAAUGUAAAAGUUACAUUCAUGACAAAAUAAACACCAGACUAUUAGGUACCUACAGCCUAACGAUUAAUGUUUGUAUUUGAGUGAGCAUUGUCUGUUUAUUAAUUCACGAUGUAGGCGCACACAACGCGUAAUUUGGCACAAAAUUAGAUAAAUAAAUUAUUGGAUCUAUAUAAUAUGUACAUACGUAAUAGCAGUUUCGUUUUAACGGCCUCUUCCACUGGAUAAUUCAAUGAAAUUGCAUUUUUGACUAGGCCGUGUUGUAUAUAUAAUAUGCAAUAAUAACAAUUUUAAAACAUAUUUUCAUAUCACCUUCCGGAAUUCGAGAUCAAUGUUAUGAUGAGUAACGUUAAAUUAUUUAAUUUGGAAUUUGUUUUUUGAAUAACACAAGACCGUAACUGAAAGGAAGGGAAGGCCCAGCAAUAUACUUGAUGGUUCACCCCGUUUCCUGUACGGCUGCAAUAAAAAACAAUAUUUUUUUAAAUUAUAUUAUGCAUAGUGAGUAAUUGGACGUAUAAAAUAGCCACUGUACACCUCAAAAAAAAAAAAAUCAGUGACACUAACUAAUACGAGUAUUCACUUAUCAACGGGUGUGUUCAGUUUUACGAUAUUCAUAUUCAUAGAGAGUCUACAUCCAGCGACCGCCUGUGCGCCUUUUAAAAUAAUGAUUUCCUCAAUUUUAUGGGAAUUUAAUUUUGCAUAACAUAUAAUCAUAAUACCUACCUACCAACCCCAUACUUUAUGCAAAAAGGAUUCAAAACUUUACUCGUGAUAAUCCAAUAUUGUAUAGGUUUACUAAAUAUCUCAUAACUUUAAUAACUUAAUUUUCCGACUACUCCACGUUUUAUCAAAAUUGCUUUUUAAAUUAUGUAAUGCUGCCUUUAUGUUACGGCAUGUUCACAAAGUUAUACAAAUGAAUAUCACAUAGCUCGUUAGACAUUGAAGUACUUAUAUAUAGAACACCCAUCACUCGAAGAAAUCGCUUAAUUUACAUGUUUUUUAAUGUACUAUUUAUGUCAAACGAUUUAAAACACAAAUACCUCCUAAUAGAGGUUUUUAUUAAAGAAAUUGUUUUCUAUUCUUAAAAAAUUUAAAUAUUCUCAUGGAAGCAUUUUUUUUUCUAAAUAUUUUGACUACAAAUUUGUUCCUAUAUAAUAAUAUAAUUGUGGUAUAAUAUUCAAGGUUCAUAUAAAAAUAAACUUAUUCGUGAUAAUUGCCUAAUAUCUAUGCAUCGUUUUCGGUAAAACGAAAAUAGACAAACAUAAAAACGAACUUCUAAAUAAAAACAUUCAAUGGUUAAACCUUCAAAUAGUAAUACUGUUUAUGACUUGAGAGCAAGUCAUAAUUUAUAUACAAAAAUAUCCUCAGGUUAUACUAUUUAUAGGCUUUAGUAGGCUACACUUUAGUCUAAUGUCUGUGCAGUGUAAUAUGUAGCAACAAUUUAUUUACACGAUUUUUUUUUUUUCAGAAAAUCGUUAGUGAAAAUAUUACAUCCUAAGUGUUAAUAAAAAAAAAGAGCUGAUGCUGUUGAUACUUUGUUGUAGACGGGGAGUCGGGAAGAUAGGAUAAGUAAUGUCAUUUAAUUUAUAUUUGUACGCAACGAUAAAUCAUUGCAGACGACAUUCGUCAAGUUUAUUUUUUGUCGAAAUUUGAACUUAAAAUGCUUAUAAAAGAAAAAAGAAAAAACGACUACAUUACACUCAACUUUUUUUUCACUAAUAAAUACAACUUAUAAUAAACCUCGUGUUAAAUUUUCAAAUAUUUCGACUUGGCCAAAGUUAUGUUCAUAUAAUAAUACACGAUAUUCAACAUUACUUUUACGAUUUUAGUGAAAAAUUGAACUUAAACGCGUAUAAUAAAAUGAUUACGUUAUGGUAAAUUUUUUUUACGACUACAUAAUAAGUUAAACUUAUAAUAAACAUCGUAUUAAAUUGUCAAGAACUUCUGUUAUCCAAACAAUUCUAUCUUCAUAAAACCAAAUAAAAACUAAACAAAAUCGAAAAAUAGCUUAAAAAUCAUGUUCUGUGAAAAUGUCAGGCGUCUCUAAUUAUUUUUAACUAAAUUACAACAAAAUAUCAUACGCACUAACUAGAUUAGAGGUUCCUAAAGUGUGGGUCGCGUUAUAUUUUUAAAUAAUACAUUUUUUUAGAUUCUGAGUGGAGUGAGAAAUGUAAUGGUUUGACAAUGAUGUUUAUUUAUUUAUAUAUUUUUUUAUCUGUAAAUAACUUUUCUACUAGCUACUUUGCUCUGAUGUACAAUGAUGCCACUUCUUCUGAAAGGAAAUCUACCUGGGGCGCUACUUUAAGAAGGUCAUUUUUUAAUUUUCCCAAGAGUUUUCUAAUAAAUUGGAAAAACCGGAAAUAGUACAAAAUGUAGGUAUUAGUUCAAAAAUAUUACAGUCUUUUUUUUCUGUAAACAAAUUUUCUACCAGAAAAUUGGAUCUAUACUUGCAAAUGAGAGUACGUAACUGAACAAACUUCAUGAAUCAUUCAGAAAUGAAAAAUAAACCAAAAUAAGGGUUAUUAAUAUUAUUGUGGGCCCCUUAAAUUUAAAUCAUUUCCAAAAUAGGUUGUGCCAUAAAAAGUUUAUGAAUCUCUAAUCUAGAUUCGAAAUUCAACAAAAAAAAUAUCUAUUGUUAUUUUUUUAAUUGGACCUAGGUUUCUGGUAAAAAGUUGUCUCCUGAGAAUAAAUAAAAAGUACACGUUACAAAACCAAUAUAUUCUAUGAAAAAUAUAAAUAGUAAAACGAUUUUCUUUAAACAAUAAAAAAAAAAUAAAGUAAAUGUAAAUGACAAAAGUUAUGUAAUAAAUUUGAAAAGUAUACUACUAAUAUUAUAUCCUGGUUUUUUUUUUUAAUAUUUCUCGAAAAUAUUAAAAGAAUAACUCUGUAUAUUCUUUAUAAUACUUGUAUGUUAUUAAAAACCUACCAUAAAGAAACAACUAUUUUUCACAACAACGAAUGUAUUGAAAAUGCAAAUGUAUACAUUUCGAUGGUGAUCAUUGUACCUGUUGAACAAUUAUUUUAAUUCGCUAUCUGAAUUCAAAUUUAACCAUCACAUCGCAUUGAGAAAUUUAGCUCCGAGUGCUCUGACACCGAAACGUAAUCUACUGCAGUAACUGAAACACGCAAAAUAAAUGAAUCGGAAUGUAAUUUACUGUAUUACACAUAAUAUUAUUCUUUAUAUUAUUAUCCACACUGUUGCGAAAAAAUAACGAUCGGAAAAACUAAAUCGGUUGUUCGAUUUAUUUUUUGUCGGUAGUCGUAACAUUUAAAUUUUAAAACGUGUACAUCAAUAUAUACGUUAAACAGAACAGCGUCAGUUUAUGGGUAGGUACAAUGACCGUUCGAACACUAUAAUUUUAUCUUGUACGAUAUCUAACGCGAAAUAAGAAUGUGGUUUACCAAAUAUUUCAUUGUCCAUUCCGAGGUGCGUACAAUGCAUACGUUUAUGAACUAAAUAGACACGUACCGACAAAAUGUACGUAAGUUGUUCAGUACCCGUGUGUUUACACUCUACAAGCAGUGCAGUGGGUUACGUACCUACCGGUAUAUUGACUAUGCGUAUAACUAUUAUAUUAUUAAUGAUUAGAAUUUCAGAAAUAUUUAUCGAACGAGACUAAUAUGAAUUUAGUUACUUGUCUGUCUAACCCUCUUCCAGUUAAAUACGCGCUGUUUAUUUAAGUUCUCGCUUGUUUAAACAAGGCGAAGCAUUCGGAUAUUUCGUUUUCACUACCUACCCACCUACCUACCUACCUACCUAUAUUUAUUAAUAUACGGACAAAAAUUAAUUAAAACCCCUAUUAAAUUGCUCUGCGGAUAUUAUUAAUCGCAUUCCUUAGUAAAAUAAACUGUCCAGAUCAAAUAGUAAUAUAAUUUGGAUGUACUGCCGGUUUACGUUGUAGUAAUAUUAGUAAUUAAUAUGGAAAUCCUUCUUCCGCGGAAUGAUUUGAUAUCAUGUUGUAAAACAUAAAUGUUGUUACACCGACAUAAUUGGUUCGGUGGGUUCCGCUGUUGUAUAGUAUGGUGUAGGAAAAAAAAAAUAAUAAAAAACAUUUAAAAUUGUUCACAUGACGAUAGCUUUAUCUGGCUUAUGUUAUGUCACAUGAUAAUACCUGUAAUUAUCUUUACAUAGCUUUUGAAAAUAAAAUAUUUCGCUUAACAAAUAUUCUCCCCCCCCCCCAAGGAACGUCUUUAUGAGAGGCGACGGGGGCGAUCGCCAAUCCCUCCCCUCGAGAUGAGUGGACUUACAAUGGCAUUUGACAUAGUCAUUGGUCCAGAAGCAGAUAUAAUCAAUAUAUUAUUCGACGUAAUUUUUUUUUUCUUAUCAAUCGUCAAUAAUAAAUUCGAUUAUUUCCCCCCUCCUCCCCUGUUAUGUUUAAAACCGAUAAUAAAAUUUGCUCGACAUAAUUAUUUUUACGCACCUAACAAUUUAUUAUACAUGAUAAAUACAAUUUUAAAAUAAAUGUAGCGCAGCUUGUACGGGAAAGCCUUGCAACAAAUACAUAAUUAUGUCAAUAUCCAUUGGCCAUCUAUUGAAAUAAUAGUUCGGUAAGUUACAACUUAUAACUAGAAAAAUGUAAAAUGAAUAGGUACAAAAAUAUUGUAACGGAGUAAAUUGUGUUCGACUGUAAUUUCAAAACGACUCAUCCCUACACGUUUGUCCAGGAUUAUCUAUAUUGAUUUUGAUAUAUGUACAGCAAUUAAUAAUCGAUUAAUCGAACACGUUCUUUCAUUGUUAGGGAUAACAUUGCAAUCUCUGAAUCGUAUUUUAAAAGUAAUUGAAGAUCAAUGUAAUAUUAUACGUCGAAUUUAGUAAUAUUGUUCGUUGCUCAUACCGAGUAACCGAUUGUCUAAACACGGUCACGUUUUGUUAUUUUGUUUAGGUUGUGGUCUUCUGGUGGAUUUGAUGAAGAAAGCGGUACAGACGAAGAAUUUCACCGAGUUGGACAACGCAAUCAAAACUCAAGUAGAACCAAUGUUAUACAAUAAAGGCGAAGGCAGAAUGAUACCGAUCGCCAAGCUCGUUUUACUGAGAAAUCGUGACCGGUCCAGGACGAGAUGGGUCAGUGAAAAAUAUUUAUAA